CACUUUGUAUUGGACAUCGUCGUAUAUAUAUUUUUUUUUUGAAUCGAUUGACAUUUUCCAUUUGUUAACGGACAUGAUAUUUUUUUCGGUCUGUUCGGGGGUUUCCUCUGGCUUGUUAUUGAUUAUAGUAGUUGUUGUUGUUGUUGUUGUUGUUUUUGUUAUUAUUAAGAAUCGAUCCAAAUGUAUUCCCGUCGGUAUAUAAAGUCGAAUCAAAUUUCAAAUUGACCCAGUAUGAUUGAAAAUCCGGAAUCAUAUAUCGACCAACAUCAGACCGUAACUUCGGAAUUGAUAUUUUUUCCUUUCUUGAUUUGCAAAUCAUAUCAUUGGAUAUUGUUGGUCGCAUUUUUAUCAUUAUAAUUGAUCAAUCAACCUGGCUUUAAAGCGGUUGUCGUUGUCCAUAAUGAACAUGGUUCGACAAUGGCUACCUUAUUGGGCAAUUAUGGUUAUCCUGUUGGCCACUAUCAUUGGUCGUAUUUCUACUUGGCCUAUGACCACAACCCUUACGGAAAAUUCUACGCCCAAACCACCUCCACAAUCAUCGCCGUUAAGCACUGAUCUCAGUGACAUUUCGACGAAUUCAAAUCAUACAUCAUCGAUGGUCAUGAAUGGUGGUCAUCGUCAUCGUCGAUCAUCCGGCCAACGAUUAUGCGGCAAAGUAUUAGUACAGGCCAUGCAAUUAGUCUGCAAUGGUCAAUAUAAUGGCCCGUCCAUUUCUUCAUCAUCGAUGCUUGCCGCUGUCGCUGCUCAACCAUCAUCAUCGGUAUCCGCCGGUAACAAAAUGUUACGACAGGUACGUCGAAUGGUAUUAACCAUACAUCCACAACAACAAUCACCAUUACCGCAAUCAGCCUCAACACCAUCUCCACAGCCAUCUUUACGGGAAUUGGCCAAUCGAUUGAACAUAUCGCUUGCUCGUGUCUAUUAUGAGAACAACAAACAUGGUGGUUAUUAUGCCAGCUCGACAACUUCGUCAGCAAUUGACCAUCAGGAUGAUCAUGAAACCUCAAUUCAAACAGCCUAUGUACCGGAUGAACAUAGUCAUAGAGUACGUGUUCGUCGUGGAAUCGUCGACGAAUGCUGUUACAGUUCCUGUUCGUUUCAAGAUAUGCGACAAUAUUGUGCAGUGAGCACCAGUAACAAUGAUGAUCAACGAUUUAAAUCAAUUACCACAAAAUCUACUAGCUAUCACAACCAAUAAUGAUGAUGACCCAUAUCCCGGUGAUCGAUAUAUGAUAUUAUAUGUCACGUGCAAGCCCUGUACUAUUUCUAAUCCGAACCAAACCAAACCAAAUCAAUUACACACAAUCAUCACAAAAUGAUCGAUAUUUGAUAAUUAAA